AUGGAUGGAUGGAUGGAUGGUAGCUGGGCCUGGCGGGAGCUUAUCCGGGGAAAUGAGGAAGAAGAGGAGGAGGAGCAGAAGGAGGUUGUGGUCUCUCCAGUGUAUCAGGCGGUGGAUAUCCAAGCCAGAGAGCGACAACGGACAGAUGAGAAGAAUGGGAGACGGGUAAUUGGAAGUCAAGGAGAGGAAGAGGGCAAGCCGGCUAGGUGUGUGUGUUCUGGCAUCUGGCCAUCUGGCAUCUGGCAAUCUGGUAUCUGGUAUCUGGUAUCUGGUAUCUGCAUCUUGCGCGUGGCAUUGGCAUUAUCAUCAUAUUAUCGAAGAUCACCCUGGAGGGCGAGUAGGCGUGGCACGAACACGACGAUGAUGUGUCGACAAGUUCUUAAAGCGUUUGCGUGCGACUCAACAAUGGACCGGGUGAGGUUGACUGGGUGCAAAAGGGCCCAAGACCCAGGACUAAACCAACACGGUCCUCGCGCCUAUUAGGUAAUAGUGGCCCGACUAUGGGGAUGAGACGUAUGAGUGUAGAGGCAGAGUAUUCGCUAUUAUUCACAGCGUCGCGUGUAGAUUGGACAACAGGACUGACUGAAUGGAUGGAUGGAUGGAUGGCACACAAGAUGGCGUGGCGGCACUGCAACUGCAACUGCAACCUGGCUCGCAACCAGCAUC